AUGAUAGAUUACUGCUCCACGAACAGAAUAUUCACAUUAGUUUUGGCCUUAUUUGGAUUUUCAAUUAUAGUAUUCUUCAUCGAAGAAUAUGCAGAAGAAAACUCUAAUGACAUGAAAAUGAAAAUUGCCAGAAUAGAAGAUGCUAUACAUCGGAAGCAUUCCUCUAGUCAUUGCUGGCUUGAAGAACCUUAUGAGCUCAUUCAAUCCUGUUUGCAAUGCUCCGAGUUUGAAAUAAAUGCUUUGAAAACAAAAUACUGUCUAACAACUGGCUACUAUGAUCGACUGAACUGCACCAAGUCAGGAAUUCUUGCCCAUCGACCUUGUUCCAAAAUAGCUGAGGGAAAUCAACGGUCCUUCUAUUGGUUUUGUUUGGUGAACUCGGUGCUCCUCUUGAUCAGUUAUUCGAUUUCUGUUAAAAGAAAGGAAGUUUUGGAUAAUCACAGCUAUAUGCGUCUCCAGCAACAGCUUGACUGA